AAGACCCGACAUUUAUGUUCACCUAUACAGCUGGUUGGUUGGUUGAAAUUAGUGGAGCAAUCAUGGAAGAUAAGCCAAUUUUUUUUACAUCAAGAGUCAGUAUGAGUUGGAAAUGAUCCGCUACGUGAGUCUUCCUCUCCACUUUCACCGACCCCCCUCCUCCUCCGCUCGCAGAAAUUUAUAAAGAACAAAAAAUCCUACUAGGGAGGGGGGUUGAUACGCCGUAGCUGAAAUCGAGAGGCGAACCCAGGAAAGAGGAGUAUUUUCUACACGGGACUUUCCCCCCCUUAGUCCCCCAAAAGGAGGGGGAAAAGUCGCAAUUGUGGAAUCGAAAAGGAAUACAAUUUUAAAGACGUGAAAACGUCUGCAGUUGUGGAUACCGUAUAUAUUUUUAAUUCGAAAAAAUAUGGCCGAGAACGUUCUGGACUCUGGCCCGCCUUCAGCCAAGAGGCCUAAACUAUCCUCUCCGGCACUUUCCGUCUCCGCCAGCGAUGGAAAUGAUUUUGGCUCCCUUUUUGACUUGGAGCAUGACCUCCCAGAUGAGCUCAUCAACUCCUCUGACCUGGGCCUGGUCAAUGGAGGGGACCUGAGUCAGCUCCAUACCAGCCUGGCUGGAGGGGGGGGUCUGGGGCCUGGAGGAGGAGGAGGACUGGGCCUGGGUCUGGGUCCAGGAGGAGGGCAGGAUGCUGUGGCCAAGCACAAGCAGCUGUCUGAGCUUCUGCGCUCGGGGGCACCACCCACCUCCAGCCAGCAGGGGCAGCAGGCGGCCAUGGGCAGCCCAGGAGGAGGCUCUGCUCUGGGCCACUUGGGGAACAUGAAGGCCUCUCCUCAGGGCAUGGGCCAGCAGCAGCAGCAGCAGCAGCAGCAACAGCACCUCUCACCUCAACAGCAGGCUACCAUGAUGCAGCAAGUAGGAGGGCCUGGGAUGGUUGGCGGGAUGAACAGGGCCAUGAUGGGAGGCCAGAAGGGCAACAAUGGACAGCCACAGCAGCAAGGGAUGAUGGGAGGGCAGGUGAUGAACGGCUCUCCGAGGAUGGGCUUUGGGAACCAGGGGAUUGGGGGCAACGGUAACAUGCUGGCUGACUCCCUCCAACAGCAGCAGGGGCCUGGGGGACAGGCCAGUCUCAGGGUACAGCAGCCUGGAGCACUGAACAAGAUGAAUAUGAUGGGGACUCCAGGGGGCCCCUAUGGAGGUCCGUACGGUCCCGGAGGUCCAGGGGGCCAGGGAAUGGGUGGGGCAGGGCUGGGCCCUCAGCUCCAGAAUAAGGCCUCCAUGCCCAACAGUAUGGCCCAGUUCAGCAUGGACAAAAAGAACCAGCCCAUGCAGGGCAUGGCUGCCAUGGCUUCCCAGCAGCAGUCUCCUGCUGGAGUGGGUGGGCCGGGCGGAGCCCCAGGAGGCGGAGCCCCAGGGAUGAUCCCCAACGCCCAGGGCGGCCUCGUGGGGCCUUCCGUGUCUGCAGCCGCCGCCGCAGCAGCCGCCGCCGCCGGGGCGCCCCCCACAGCCGACCCGGAGAAGCGCAAGCUGAUCCAGCAGCAGCUGGUGCUGCUCCUCCACGCCCACAAGUGCCAGCGGCGGGAGCAGGCCAACGGGGAGGUGCGCCAGUGUAACCUGCCACACUGUCGCACCAUGAAGAACGUCCUCAACCACAUGACCCACUGCCAGGCCGGCAAGUCCUGCCAGGUGGCUCACUGUGCCUCGUCCAGACAGAUCAUCUCCCACUGGAAGAACUGCACACGGCACGACUGUCCUGUCUGUCUGCCGCUGAAGAACGCUGGAGACAAGAGGAACCAGCAGUGUGAGUCCCUUCUCGGCACGGCGGGUGUGGGUCUGGGUAGUUCGUUGGGGGGGUCCGUACCAGGGGGCCAGCCCAGCGCCCCCAACCUCAACCCCCCAAGCCAGAUAGAUCCCAGCUCCAUUGAGCGAGCCUACGCUGCCCUGGGCCUCACCUACCAGGGCACCCAGGUCCAGCCCCAGGUCGGGCAGGCCAGCAUGCCAGGAGCGCAGGGGGGUCUGCAGGGACAGCCUGGCAUGAGGCCCCUUAACGCCAUGGGGGGUAAUCCAAUGGGAGUGAAUGGUGCCGUGGGGGUCCCCUCUCAGAACCAGCAGAACCUGCUCCAGGACACCAUGCUGCACCUCAACAUGAACUCACAGGGGCUGAUGAACGACUCUGGCUCCAUGCCCACGGCGACCCCUCCAUCCAGUGCUGGCAUGAGGAAGUCCUGGCAUGAGGACAUCACUCAGGACCUCCGGAACCACCUGGUCCACAAACUUGUCCAGGCCAUCUUCCCCACGCCGGACCCCGCCGCUCUGAAGGACAGGCGGAUGGAGAACCUUGUGGCCUACGCUCGGAAAGUGGAGGGGGACAUGUACGAGUCCGCCAACAGCAGGGCGGAGUACUACCACCUCCUGGCGGAGAAGAUCUACAAGAUCCAGAAGGAGCUGGAGGAGAAGAGGAGGACGCGGUUGCAGAAGCAGGAUGGACCUCUACCUGACCCCUCGCUGGUACGGCCCACUGGACCUGGCCCAAUGGUCAACAGGAUGCAGAAUCCAGCAGGGAUGAACCAGUUUAACCAGAUGGGGAUGCAGCCUUUGGGCCAGAGAGCCACACCGCCCCUCCCUCUAGGACCUCCUGGCAACCAGAUGGGUAUGGGUGGUCCAAGGAUGGGUCAGCCGAAUGUGACCCAGCUCCAGAACCAGUACAUGUCCCAGGGCCAGUUCCCAGGGGCUGGACCCAGCCUCGGCACAGGACAGCCUGGCAUGGCACAGCCCGGCACACAGGGAGGCAUGGUACAAGCUCAGAUUGGCACUCCUCCCUCCCUCCCAGUCAGCAGUCCCUUAGCCCAGCCCGGCUCAGUGGGAGGCCCCAGUGGGGUUCCCUCAGUGGGGCCCCACGGUCCUCAGAGUGUGGGUGGAGGCCCCCCGUCCAUCCCCCCCCAGCAGCCCAAUUCCCAUGCCCACCUGGCUGCCAUGCGCCAGAGCUCGCCCUCGCCUGCUCGAAGCCGCACGCCCACCCCCCACCAGACGCCCCCCAGGCUAGCUGGCUCCCAGACGCCCCAGCCCCACACCCCCAACCCACCACAGCUGGCCCCACCUCCGGCCCCCCAGGCCCAGCAGCUUAGCCAGGGCCCAGGCUCCAACAAGCCCAUGCAACAGCAGUCCGGUGCUGGGUCAACCACUCCAUCUCACCCAGGCAUGGCCUCAACGCCUCACGCCGCCCAGCUCCCUCGCACUCCUCUGUCUCAGAAGGGCUCGUUCCAAGCGGACAGCCAGGCCCUCACCCCUGCCUCCGUCAGCAGCGUCGACACCGCCUCCCAGCAGGCCAAGGCCGAAGCCCCCGCCACCCUGGAGCCCAAGAUGGAGGUCAAGCAGCAGGAGGAUGAGGAGGACGAGGAGGAUGAAGAUGGGGAGGGGGGCGGAUGCUCCAAGGGAGGCAAGCUGUCCAACAUCAAGGCUGAGGACAAGCCCAUCAAGUCCGAGCUCAAGAGCGAGGAGUGUUCCGGCGACGGCGGGAAGGGCAACGCCAUGGAUACGUCAUCGUCCACCACCUCGUUGUCGGGGGUGAAGACGGAAGACAGGAAGCCGGAGAUAAAGAAGGAGCCCAAGGAGGAAGAGGAAGGGUCCGAGUCUGGAGCGCAGUCUGGUGCCCAGAUCAAAAAGAAGAUCUUUAAGCCGGAGGAGAUGCGCCAGGCUCUCAUGCCCACCCUAGAGUCUCUGUAUCGCCAGGAUCCAGAGUCUCUGCCCUUCAGACAGCCUGUGGACCCCCAUCUCCUGGGCAUCCCAGACUACUUUGACAUUGUGAAGACCCCCAUGGACCUGUCCAGCAUCAAGAGGAAGCUGGACACGGGCCAGUACCAGGAGCCCUGGCAGUACGUGGACGACAUCUGGCUCAUGUUCAACAACGCCUGGCUGUACAACCGCAAGACGUCGCGCGUCUACAAGUACUGCUCCAAGCUGGCCGAGGUGUUCGAGCAGGAGAUCGACCCUGUCAUGCAGGGCAUGGGCUACUGUUGCGGACGGAAGUUGGAGUUCUCCCCCCAGACUCUGUGCUGCUAUGGCAAGCAGCUGUGCACUAUACCCCGAGAUGCUGCCUACUUCAGCUACCAGAACAGUUCACCAAAGUUUGGGCUUCUUGCUAACAGGUACCACUUCUGUGAGAAGUGUUUCAACGAGAUCCAAGGGGAGACGGUUUCCCUGGGAGAUGACCCCUCCCAGCCGCAGACAUCGAUUAACAAAGAGCAGUUUGAGAAGAAGAAGAACGACACACUGGACCCUGAGCUGCUUGUGGACUGUUUGGAUUGUGGACGUAAAAUGCACCAGAUAUGUGUCCUGCACCACGACACUAUCUGGCCUCAAGGGUUUGUCUGCGACGGCUGCUUAAAGAAGAGCAACAAGACGAGGAGAGAGAACAAGUACGCUUCCAAACGGUUACCCCAGACCAAGCUGGGCUACUACCUGGAGACCCGGGUCAACGACUACCUGAAGCGGCAGAACCACCCAGAGUCUGGGGAGAUCACCAUCAGGGUGGUGCACGUCUCCGACAAGGUUGUGGAGGUCAAACCGGGCAUGAAAUCCAGGUUUGUGGACAGCGGGGAGAUGUGCGAGUCGUUCCCCUACAGGACCAAAGCCCUGUUUGCCUUCGAGGACAUCGACGGAGCAGACGUGUGUUUCUUCGGCAUGCACGUCCAGGAGUACGGCUCGGACUGCCCCUCGCCCAAUCAGAGACGAGUGUACAUAUCCUACCUGGACAGUGUGCACUUCUUCCAGCCCCGGUCCCUGAGGACAGGGGUCUACCAUGAGAUCCUCAUAGGCUACCUGGAGUAUGUCAAGAGGCUGGGGUACACCACGGGCCACAUCUGGGCAUGUCCACCCAGUGAGGGUGACGACUACAUCUUCCACUGCCACCCCAUGGACCAGAAGAUCCCCAAGCCCAAGCGACUGCAGGAGUGGUACAAGAAGAUGCUGGACAAGGCUGUAGCUGAGCGCAUCGUCCAUGACUACA